CAACUUCUUAAAAUUUGCACAUUUUACUCUCUCUCACUAUAUUCUUCACUUUCUCUCUCUCUUCUCUCUCACUCUUUCUCUCUCUUCUUCAAAACAUAAAAAUUAAACCCACAUAACUUAUUCUUCUUUUUUUAAGGUUUUAUCAAUGGCUGUUCAUCUUGUUCUUGCACUCCUCAUCUUAUCUAUGGCUGGCCACUCAAGUGCAAGUUAUUGUGUAUGUAAGCAAGGGAUAAGCUCAGGCAUACUGCAGAAAGCAAUUGAUUAUGCUUGUGGAGCAGGAGCAGAUUGUAACCCCAUAAGCCCAAGUGGGCAAUGUUAUAAUCCAAACUCAAUUGGAAAUCAUUGCUCUUAUGCUGUCAACAGCUAUUACCAAAAAAAUGCUGCUAAGGGUGCCACUUGUGAUUUUAGUGGUGCUGCUAUGCUCACUAACUCUAACCCUAGUAGUGGUGGUUGCUCCUUUUCAGCUUCUUCUGGCUCUUCCAGCACCGGUACUACUAGUCCCGUCACAACAGUACCAACAACAUCCCCGACUACGCCGACCUCAACCCCAAUAACUCCUGUAUCAGGAACUGGUGUAACACCUGUAUCUGGUACUGGCGGCACUGGUGGCACUGGCGGCAUGGGUGGCACCGGCACUGGCACUAACCCAACUACUACCUCCCCUUACACUGCCUCACCAAAUGCAGGCAAUGGGGUGCUCGGAGGAGUUGGUACAGGUUUACCCCCUACUGGAUCGAGCUAUGAUGACAGCGAUGGAGGAAUCAAGCUUCAAAGCACGACUUUGAGCUCAAUUUUCGCGACAUUAGCAAUGUCGACCGUGAUGGUUAUGUGGAAUUGAAAGAUGAGUUGGUAGAGACCUCUGUGGGUAUGCCGGUGAGGGUGGAGCAUUUGAUGUGCCCAUGUGCAGGAUUUGGGGCAAGCAUGUGAAUUGCAAUACCUUUUGGUUUAAUAGGAGGGCAAAUCAUAUGUAUGAUGUAAUUUCUAAGCUUAGUAGGGUAUUUUGUAUCUUUCAACCCAUCCUUCUAAUCAGCUUUUAUGGAUGCUUGUUUUCUAGCACUCUUUCUAUUUUUGGACCUAAAAUUUUAUUUGUUCUGUAUAAUCUAGAUCUAGCUAGGAAGGUUGAGGGAACUACUAGUACUAUUAAUUAUGGUAAGCAUCCCGGGGUUGUAUAACUUUAUCUUAUGUAGGAAAUCUUUAUUUAUAUUAUUAA